UCACAAAUUGCGAUCCAAUUUCCAAGAGCUUUCAACACCGCGAAACUUCCCAUCUUAAGCCGGCAUCCACCUCCAUCAGCUGCUUGCCGAUUUCCAGCGGGGUGCUUCUACCAGACGACGGACACUGACCAGCACCGGCCGUCUUCCAUUUGCAUCUCCCAUCUCCCUCCUUGGCUCAUAAGCUAGUACCCAUCACAACUACAAAAUGGGCUCCGAUCCUCAAUACGCGAAAUGGCCUCUGCUGCCCCUCGCCCAGCAUGUCUUCACCCUCACAAACCCCUACGCCGCCCGCCCUGCCCAACAAGCGGCCGUCAAGAACCUUCAAGAUGCCAUCACCGAGCACAAGAUGGCGCCCUUUUACCGAUACCUCGCGCACCCUACCGAGGGUGUCCUUAACUCUGUUGGGGAAGGCGGCUCCAACACUGCCGCUGCCGGAAGGUUGGGUAGGAAGAGCAGCAUCGCCGCCGGCAUGAUCGCGACCCACAAGCCCACCACAAGCUUAAGCCUACCGUGGGAUGAGAACCUGUACCAGCAGCUGCAGGCCGAGAACGAGAAGGAGCUCGAGGAGUUUCAAAAAGAGGAGGAUGAGGCUGUCGAGAAGGCGGGAGACACAGAGAUCCAGGCUGCCAAGGGGAAGAGGGCCGAGUUCUGGGCCCGAGUUGGCGAUAAGGAAAAAGCCAUCGCCGCGCACCAAGAUCUGCUCGAGAAGACGGGCAUUCUAGGUACCAAGAUCGAUCUCGUCCUCGCCUUAAUCCGCCUCGGCCUCUUCUUUGGCGACAAGCAGCUAGUCCAGAAGACUGUCGAGCGCGCCAAGUCGCUUGUCGAGUCGGGCGGCGACUGGGACCGUCGCAACCGCCUCAAGGCCUACGAGGGUCUGCACUUGCUCACCGUGCGCAACUACAGCGGCGCCGCCCCCCUGCUCCUCGACAGUCUGUCCACCUUUACCUCGUACGAGCUCUGCACCUACAGCAACCUGGUAGUCUACGCCGUGCUCGCCGGUUCCGUCUCGCUCAAGCGCGUCGACUUCAAGUCCAAGGUCGUGGACGCCCCCGAGAUCAAGGCGAUUCUUGGCGACGGCGAGGACAAGCUGCUCGCACUGACCGGCGCCAUCUCGGCCGGCCCGGGAGCCGACGCCUCGAUGCAGGACGCCGAUAGCGCCCCCGUGGCGGCCCGGACGGCCGUAGUCAACCUGACCACGCUCGGCAGCAGCACGGAACAGCCUGAGGCGGAGAUGGCGGUCGACUUUGACCCGCUCGCGCAGCUGGUCAGCAGCCUGUACAACGGCCGGUACAAGCUCUUCUUCCAGGCGCUGGCCCUGGUGGAGGAGCAAUUCCUCACCCAGGACCGCUACCUGCACGAGCAUAAGAACUGGUUCAUCCGCGAGAUGCGCCUGCGCGCGUACCAGCAGCUGCUGCAGAGUUAUCGCGUUGUGGGACUGGAUAGCAUGGCCAACGACUUUGGUGUUACGGUAGAUUUCUUGGAUCGUGACCUAGCAAAGUUCAUCGCCGCCGGCCGUAUCCCCUGCACCAUCGACCGCGUCAAUGGCAAGGGUGUUAUCGAGACCAACCGGCCCGACGACAAGAACAAGCAGUAUCAGGACGUGGUCCGCCAGGGUGACCAGCUGAUUACCAAGCUGCAGAAGUACGGACAGGCUGUUCGGUUGAGGGGAAGCGAAAGAGCCUAGUAGAGAACCAAUUUGAAGAGAAUUAGAAGCUAGCAGUGAAACAAGGGGAAGGUCAAUGAUGUAUGAGCGAGCUGUGCUAUCGUUAGCGAUUACCUCGGGAAGAAAGGAAGGGGAUAUGAAUGAUCAAGGGCAUGGAUUGAGUGGAUGGAUGAAAGGAGGAGAGAAAUCAGAAGAGAAUAGAGCCUGAAGCAACCUAUCACAUUGAAUUGUCGUUAGGGCCUAACUCGGCUCUAGUAAAGACAGAAGACACAAAACGACUUGCUCCUC